CGCGACGGGCCGAAACACCGAGAAUGAAUAUCCCGGUCUCAACCGGUUUCAACCGGUCCGUGGUUGGAAGCAUGAGCUUAGAGGAAGAGCACACUGGCACGCAUUAAAAAAACCUCUGCUCUCCAACAGUGUGUGCGAACAGAGCCAGAAAUAAAAACGAGACUCUUCUGACUUCGUGAUUAUGACCCGGAAUACCGCUCAAAGUGUGACUCCGUGAAUCUGUGUUGUUAGCUUAGCUCACGUUAGCCAGGAUCAUCAUUGACUUUUCCAUUCGCACGCUAAGUUGCUACUAGCCUGGUGGGAGUCGGCUGUAAUCAGGGAUAGCUACAGAAAGAUGUGUUUCAGACCGACUGAAGACGGGGAACAAUAAGCUGUGGCACACCGAAGAAAGCUUUUAACACAUCGCCAAGAACCGAUAAGUAUCCAGGCGUUUUAUAUAUUAGCGCCGCUGGUGUCACCCAGGAAAGCUAACGUUAGCCUUUUUUGCUAUCGAAGGUUAGGAGCAGCCUAAACGUGUGCCAUGAGAUAACGUUACACCGUUUUCAGUGCUUUGAGAGGAUUAUUAAUCAACUACAAGUCACAGCGGACAUCUAAACACUUGUUUUCGACGAGGGGGACAGGACACACCAGAAGCUCUAUGCCAGCAGAAAUGACGAUGUUGGCGGAUCACCCAGCCAGACAGCUGCUGGACUUCAGUCAGAAACUGGACAUCAACCUGCUGGACAAUGUCGUCAACUCCAUGUACCACGACAUCGGCUCGCAGCAACGAGUGGCCCAGGAAGUCCUCACCAACCUGAAGGACCAUCCGGAUGCCUGGACGAGGGUCGACACCAUCCUGGAGUUUUCUCAGAACAUGAAAACUAAAUAUUAUGCACUGCAGAUUCUGGAGACAGUCAUCAAAACACGCUGGAAGAUUCUGCCCAGAAAUCAGUGUGAAGGCAUCAAGAAGUACGUUGUUGGUCUGAUCAUCAAGACGUCCUCUGAUCCUGCAAACAUGGAGAAAGAGGGAGUGUACAUUUCAAAACUCAACAUGAUCCUUGUACAGAUCCUGAAGCAGGAAUGGCCCAAACACUGGCCCACCUUCAUUAGCGACAUCGUAGGCGCCAGUCGAACCAGCGAAAGCCUCUGUCAGAACAACAUGAUCAUCCUCAAGCUGCUCAGUGAGGAGGUUUUUGACUUCUCCAGCGGACAGAUGACCCAGGUCAAAGCCAAGCACCUCAAAGACAGCAUGUGCAACGAGUUCUCCCAAAUAUUCCAGCUGUGCCAGUUUGUGAUGGAAAACUCCCAGAAUGCCCCUCUGGUCCACGCCACACUCGAGACUCUCCUCCGCUUUUUGAAUUGGAUUCCUCUAGGAUACAUCUUCGAGACCAAACUCAUCAGCACUCUGGUCUACAAGUUCCUGAACGUGCCCAUGUUCCGUAACGUGACGUUGAAAUGUUUGACGGAGAUCGCCGGAGUGAGCGUCAACCAGUACGAGGAGCAGUUUGUCAACCUGUUUACCCUCACCAUGUGCCAGCUCAAACAGAUGCUGCCUUUGAACACUAACAUCAGAGUGGCCUACGCCAACGGGAAGGACGACGAGCAGAACUUCAUCCAGAACCUCAGCCUGUUCCUCUGCACCUUCCUCAAAGAACACGGCCAGCUCAUCGAGAAGAGACCUAACCUGAGGGAGACACUCAUGGAGGCGCUGCACUACAUGCUGCUGGUGUCAGAGGUGGAGGAGACAGAGAUCUUUAAGAUCUGUCUGGAGUACUGGAACCACCUGGCUGCAGAGCUCUACAGGGAGAGUCCGUUCUCCACAUCCAGCACCCCGCUGCUGUCAGACGUCCCGCCACGCAGACACCUCUACCUGCCGGUCCUGUCGCAGGUGCGUCUGCUGAUGGUGAGCCGCAUGGCCAAACCCGAGGAGGUGCUGGUGGUGGAGAACGACCAGGGCGAGGUGGUCCGCGAGUUCAUGAAGGACACGGAUGCCAUCAACCUUUACAAGAACAUGAGAGAGACUCUCGUGUAUCUGACCCAUCUGGACUAUGCCGACACGGAACGCAUCAUGACGGAGAAGCUGCACAACCAGGUGAACGGCACAGAGUGGUCAUGGAGGAACCUGAACAUGCUCUGCUGGGCCAUCGGCUCCAUCAGCGGGGCCAUGCACGAGGAGGACGAGAAGAGGUUCCUGGUCACCGUCAUCAAGGACCUACUCGGCCUCUGUGAGCAGAAAAGAGGGAAAGACAACAAGGCCAUCAUUGCGUCCAACAUCAUGUACAUUGUGGGCCAGUACCCUCGCUUCCUCCGAGCUCACUGGAAGUUCCUCAAGACCGUCGUCAACAAGCUGUUUGAGUUCAUGCAUGAGACCCAUGACGGCGUGCAGGACAUGGCGUGCGACACCUUCAUCAAGAUCGCCCAGAAGUGCCGGCGUCACUUUGUGCAGGUUCAGGUGGGCGAAGUGAUGCCUUUCAUUGACGAGAUCCUCAACAACAUCAACACCAUCAUCUGUGACCUGCAGCCGCAGCAGGUCCACACGUUUUACGAGGCCGUUGGCUACAUGAUCGGAGCUCAGACGGAUCAGGCCGUUCAGGAGCUUUUGAUAGAGAAAUACAUGCUGCUGCCCAACCAGGUGUGGGACAGCAUCAUCCAGCAGGCCACAAAGAACGUGGACAUCCUGAAGGAUGCGGAGACGGUGCGUCAGCUGGGCAGCAUCCUGAAGACGAACGUCCGAGCCUGUAAAGCCGUGGGUCAUCCCUUCGUUGUGCAGCUGGGACGGAUCUACCUGGACAUGCUCAACGUCUACAAGUGUCUGAGUGAAAAUAUCUCCUCGGCUGUCCAGACCAACGGAGAGAUGGUGACCAAGCAGCCUCUGAUCCGGAGCAUGAGGACGGUGAAGAGGGAGACGCUGAAGCUGAUCUCCGGCUGGGUCAGUCGCUCCAAUGACCCUCAGAUGGUUGGGGAGAACUUCGUGCCCCCCCUGCUGGAGGCGGUUCUCAUCGACUACCAGAGGAACGUCCCCGCUGCCCGGGAGCCUGAGGUCCUCAGCACCAUGGCAACCAUCGUCAACAAGCUGGGCGUCCACAUCACGGGAGAGAUCCCCAAGAUCUUCGACGCCGUCUUCGAGUGCACUUUGAACAUGAUCAACAAGGACUUUGAAGAAUUCCCAGAACACAGAACCCAUUUCUUCUACCUCCUCCAAGCCGCCACCUCCCAGUGCUUCCCAGCCUUCCUGUCCAUCGCCCCAGCUCAGUUCAAACUCAUCCUGGACUCCAUCAUCUGGGCCUUCAAGCACACCAUGAGGAACGUGGCCGACACAGGUCUGCAGAUCCUCUACACGCUCCUGCAGAACGUGUCAGGGGAGGAGGCCGCAGCACAGAGCUUCUACCAGACGUACUUCUGUGACAUCCUGCAGCACAUCUUCUCUGUGGUCACCGACACGUCUCACACUGCAGGUCUGACGAUGCACGCCACCAUCCUGGCCUACAUGUUUAACCUGGUGGAGGAGGGGAAGGUCAGCGUGGCUCUGAGCGCCGCCAGUCCAGCCAACAACCAGGCGCACGUCCAGGAGUACAUCGCCAACCUGCUGAAGACCGCCUUCCCCCACCUGCAGGAUGCCCAGGUGAAGGUGUUUGUAACGGGUCUGUUCAGCCUGAAUCAGGACAUCCCGGCCUUCAAGGAGCACCUGAGGGACUUCCUGGUGCAGAUAAAGGAGUUUGCUGGCGAGGACACGACGGACCUGUUCCUGGAGGAGAGGGAGACGGCUCUGCGCCAGGCCCAGGAGGAGAAACACAAGCUGCAGAUGUCAGUGCCCGGCAUCCUGAACCCGCACGAGCUGCCGGAGGAGAUGUGCGACUGAAUCGGUGGCGAACGGCGUGUACAGAAACGACUCUGAAGGGGGAACGGGGCGACAGAGCAAAGGACGCUUCCUGUUGAUGAAUUGUUUUCUUUUCAAGUGUGUUUGUGUGCGAGUGUGUGUGUGUGUGUGUGUGUGUGUGUGUGUGUGUGUGUUUGAAAAGAGAAUGAGGGGCCGGAGGAAGGACCCCAGCACUCGGUUGUAUGUCGACCAAAUCAAUGUCAAUAUGUAAAUGAGAAUCGUCACCUGACCCCCUCGACCCCGGCGUGGAUUCUGUUGUUUUUUUUCCUACAAACUUAUUUUAUACAAAUAUUUUUUUUUGUGUAACAUGCCAUCUUUUGUUAAUUCUUUUGCUAAUUAAAGCUUUAUGUUUGGCCAUACAUACGGUUCUUUUCCACCUGCAUGAAGUUGAAAGAAUUCUUUUUAAUCCCCCUCACCUCCUCUCCUCUUUGUUAAUAUGUAAUAUAUAAUGUGGAAACACUUGCGAUGGUUAGUUGACGGACAGUUGCUCUGGUUUCUGAAGUGCCAUGUGCAUGGUGCAGGACGAAUGUGAUGCUCAAGGGGUAGACGUGUGUGUGUACUUCCUUGCUUCCUUUGUUUGUCUUGUUUUUGGUUUGUCAGUGUGUUUAUUGUUUUUCUUUCCCUCCGGCUCUGCUGAGGAGUCGGAGCUUCAGUUGGACCGCUCUGCGUUUUUGGAUGAGAAGGAAAGCUGUGUGCAUAUCAUCCUGUUUGUAAAGC